AUGGACCGUUCGGUUCUAUCAAUAUCGAACAACACAAUGUCACCUAAUUGUUUGAAACUUGUUAAGGCUCCUGAUGGUGAUCGGGAUGUCCGAAUUAUAUCUUCAAGAAUGGGAAUGACCGUCCCUGAUUUCAUGAGUGUCCUUGGUUAUUCGAGCUCCACCGACCAAAACAAUUGUAACUCAGGUGGCCUAGUGUGGCCUAAACAUACAGAGUUAGAGGUAAGAGACCCAUGGUCAGCAGUUUAUCGAUAUGAACCAACUGACAUCAGUUGGUGUAUACGCUUCAAAGGUCUUGGAUGUUAUAAUUUCGUCCCCCCACCUUUCGCAGAUCGUUCCUCAAAAAUACCAACAACUCCUCAACCGGUUUCUGACAUCAAAGAGGUCAUAACGAAUGACUUGACAUCACCUAACAGUGCAGGAUUCCAAACACUGCUAAAAAUGCGCCCCACGAUGGAGAAACCUUCUGACUUACCAAUAGAAACUAUUACGCCGGCCGAACGUCAUAAGCUAUGGGAAGAUUUGCUUUUAUCCGAUAGUGAGGAGGAAAGUGACGAGAGAAAAAGGCCGCCGACGUCUUUGGGGAAUACUAUGUUUGAGGCACCGACUGUUGAUGAAGAACUAUCGGAAAAGGCAGGUAAUCCAUGCACUGCAUCGAAACUUGCCCUUCUGAAUCACGCGUUGCGCCCGCCUCCUCCUUUUGUCAGUCCGCUACUUAUCCCAAAUGAUUAUGGAUCAGGGACAGAAUCCGCGGUUCCAAGUCCUCACAAUGAACAAAUACCAUGCCCUCAGAUUAGCAAAGCUAGCAAACAGGAGAUACUUAACACAGCGUUAUGUCCACGGGAUAACGCAGAUACGCAUAGUGAAUUUGAGAUGAAAUCGUCAUUGAUGUCUCGAUUAUCUCCCUCAGCAGCUGAGAAGUUCAGUGCAGAAAAUGCGCCAAGCAAACGUCUUUCGGAAACAUUAGCAACUGCUGAAGACCUGUUGACCUCAGCUCAUGCAGGCAAUGCUGAUUUUAUAACCGACAUCCCGAAGAAGUUAUCAACAGUUAUAAGCUCUACAACCAAUAAAAUACUAUCAACGACAAUGCCUAAAACUGUUCCCAUGUUGAAUGAUAUGUCCAUUUCCAAACAUGAACCAGUAAUUAAACCGUGUAGUGAUUUAGUUAUACCUGUGGGGAAAGAGUUUUACGAUCAACAUUGUAAAGAUCCUGAAGUCAAAAGCAGCUUCAUUCAACGUUUGCUGCUAGAGUCGGAGGAAUUUUUGUCACAAAAAGACUGUCUUAUCACGGAGCUCAGCCCUAUUCAGAGCAAGUUCCACCAUAGCUUCGUAGAUUCGCCUAAAAUCUUGUCCCAUUUGGAUUCAACGAAAUCAGCAUUUAUUGGACAGAAGCUAGAUAAAACAUUAGAUCCCUCCAAUGCUAAUGGAACUUCUUUGAAUGAUAUAGAACUAACAAUUAGUCCUCAUAAACCUGUACAUCAAGGGCAUACUGGAAUGAAUAUUCAGAAUAUGACCAGUGGAGAAUCCAAAAUACAGGAUCAACAGUCGUCACUUCACACUAGCAGGCCAAACAACAACGGUGAGACUGAUGACUUCAUUGACAAUAAGCCCAGCAAACUGGAUUCCACAUCUAUUUCUCAGGGAGCACCGAAACCAUCACCCAUAAAGAGUGGCAGUCGUAUCUCAAAUAUUUCAAAAUCUUUUGAUGAAGAAAUUUUACGUAAUGUAGACUUGAAUCUUGAAUUACUGAAGCACGUCCAGGAACCAGAAGAGAAGAUAGCCAAUUCAGAUGCUAAUGAGGGUAACGAACUAAAGACGAGUGUCAGUGAUGUGCUAACUUCUAGUACAAACAUGGAUAAGUGGAAUGACAGUGGGAAUCGUUUUAAUAAUAUGCCGCCGCCAACCCAUGACUCCAGUGGAAAGAAGCUUAAAAAGCGAUCCAGAUUUAGUGCAAAGCCUACAGAGUCUAGUGAAUCUGUUUCUGUUCUAACUUCAGAAGUACCUUCUUUCAUUCCUGGUCGACUACAAGAUAAUGACGAUGCUAAGGAAGAUACUAAUGAAUCUGUUGCUUUAGUUCAGGAUAACCAAGAUAUCACAGACAUAUAUCCUCUUCGUGACAUCCCAUCUGACUGUUGGGUAUUCUCAGAUUUGACGGUGACCAAAGUUCGGAAUAAACUGCAGCAAUCUUUUCCACGUUUAUCGGGUUCAUCAGGCUCUAAGGAUGAAACUGCAAAUGAUCUUACUUCAUCGGAGCAUAGCUUAAUUGAGAAAAUGAGGGAUAUAUUGCGUAGUGCUGUUGAAAGUGACAGUCCAGUUAUUUCUAAAGCCACUAAUAAUAGACGAAAUCGUCCAAGAUCACUUACAGGUAUAUUACUUGUUCCACCAUCCAGUUUAUCUAGUACAUGUGAAGCAAAAUUAGCACCUCAUCCAUUAAGCAUGCCUUCAUCCCACAGAAGUUAUCAUGAUAUUAACACCAUGACAUCUCCUUAUCUUCAUAACACUGCACUCCUGAAUGAUGCGGAUGUUCAAUGUGAUAUAUGGCCCAGCAGUAAUAACAAUAGCAAUAAUUUGUUAUGUAGUCGCUUCGCCUCACAGUGUUCAAAUGGUAUUGUCAACACACCUACACAAAAACCCUUGGGUACUGUGCCACCGAUUUUGCGUGAUCCUACCUCUGAUCUUAAUACAUUAUCAUCAAAUGUCACUCAGAAUUUGCCACAACUCAGCAGUCAAUCAGUGUCUGGUAUAAAUAUCUUCGACAGCCUAUGCUUUGUUGAAGAACAACUGGGUAAAAUUAUCAAGCAGGAGGAUGAAAAACUUCAAAAUAGUAACGCCUCUACUGAAAUAUUCAAGGCAGAAGAAUAUAAAUUUGAAGCAUCCAGAUGUUGGAAGGCAUUAGUCAGUGCAAUCUCUUCUAGUUCACGUGGUAGUUCUAGUGAAGCUCCAAAUCGUUCUCAGAUGCUUCUUACUCUACAAGCACUUCAUGAAUAUCCAGUACAAAUGACUAAAUCCGUAAGGCAUUAUUUAGCUGCUGCAUACAUCUUUGAAUCAAAAAAUGAAAUACUCAGAGCUGUUGGUCUACUCACUGAAGCUGGGGAUCAGAUUCAGCAUUGUGUUCGUCGAAUGCAUCGAGUUGAAGCAAAACUAACUAAACGCCGAAACCAUCGUAAUGAAACUGAGAAUUCCUCUGAUGUAAAUGAAUUAGUAACAAAAGGUAGAAAUGAUGCUAGCUGGAUGUAUUUAUGGUAUUAUGUCCUAAUGAGAAUUAAAGCUAUUGUCGGCUUUCAUAUUUAUCGUUUGCAGUUACAGUCUAUAGAAUCUCUUCGUGAAGAGAUUGACUCAAAACUUUCAGUGAUACAACAGCAUAUUCCUAGCUUAAAUGAAGUCAUUAGUUUACCUAAAACUUUGAACAGUCCUUCCUCAUCAUCAUCGAAAGUACUCACAGAUAAACCUAAGAUACCUUCCAAUCCCUCUUCUGAAGAUGAUCUAAAGAAAAUGUUAGAAUCUCUGGUUAGUCAAUUCAUUCGGCUUAACCAGUUGACAGCUUGUGUACGUAGUGCGAUGAUGGAAUGGCAACAGGCAGAUGAACUAAUCACAAAAGUUCCACAUCUAAAAUCUCCACACAUAAUAAUUCCACCUAUUGGUGGACGUAAACCUGAUACUUCAAUCGAUAACAUUUCAUCGUCUGGACAUCUUCGACUGAUUCAUUCCAUUGAUGUAGACAUCGCAAGUGCUUCAGAUGGUGCAUAUAUUACUUCAUCUCAAAUCCCUAUUUUGGUUUUAUUACGUUAUAUGGAUGGUAUUUUCCAUGUUCAUCCACUCAUUAUUGAUCAGUUAAAAUAUUCUAGUGGAUCAGAUACAACUCAGUCAGUUUUUUCAGGGAAAAGUAACUCAAAUGAAUUACGUAGUCCCAUUACAGUUUCACAAGAACAAAAAUUGGUCUCUUCUACAUUCUCUAUGACAAACGAAUCUGUUGCUUCAACUAAUACAAAUUUCACAACUGUUACUAACAUUCCGAAUAAACAAGAAUCUAGCCGUCCCAAAUCAAUCACAAAUACAAAAUCAACAUUUCUAAACACGGAAACAAACAAUACAAAAUUUCAGUCUGAACCACCUCUUAGUGUUAAAGAAAGACUUUCCAAGAAAAAGUCUCAUAAAAAACAUACUUAUGUUGCACCAUCACCACCGAGCUCCAUUGCUUCAUCUGUGACAAAAGAGUCUCCAUCCCAUCAUCCUAAUACACUAGAGGAAAACUACUCUGAUGCCUCUGUGCCUUCUUCCAAACAUGAAAUACCUGAUACUUCUAAGCAGAAAUCAAAAAGACGACGUUUAUUGCAACUAGAUGAAUCCUUGCCUACAGAUGCCUUUCCAAAUAAUUCUGAUACCGAUGUAGAUAGUUGUGGAAGACCUUUCCCUGUUAUUAAGUGCAAUGAAUCACCUAAGAAAAAGCGUCAUAAAUCUAAACUAGAAACCAAUAAUAAUAAUAAACUACAGGAGUGUUUUAAUCAUCCAAAAAAGUUUGAUCGUAGUGAUAACUCCAGUUCUCAAGAUCGAAAGCCCCGUACAGACAAGCAGCUGUCUUCGAAAAAGAAGUCAUCUAAGCGAUCGCACACACAUACAGAACAUCCGAGUUUACAGGGCAGUGAAGGUUCACAUUCACGUAACAGAAUCAUUGCUUCAGAUGAUCGAUCACCUAAUGCAUCUCCUCCGCCAUCGCGAAAAUUUUGUCGUAGCAAGAUUACAAAUAUACAUGACAUAAAUUAUCCUAUCGCACCAGAUGAUAAUACUUACCAACCGAAAAGAGUUAAACCGUCAGACACUAAGAUUGACUGCGGACGCAUUUCUAAUUCUGAGUCAUCUGAAUCUGGAUCCUCUCCGAUGCCUACGUAUCGACCGUCAGUUCCCGUUGAUUCGCCAAAUACUGACUAUGAACGUAACCAACACCGUCGUUCUUGUUCAGUUCACCUCUCUUCGUUAAAGCAAAAGAAUACAUCACUGCUAAUGACAUCUGAAAGCCCUCACGAUGAACUAUCACAUGAUUCAACAGGUUAUAGUCCAACUAAAGGGAAUUUUCUGGAUGGAAAUUCUUCAAGCAUAACAGAUACAAACAACUUACCUGUUUAUCAUGUUUCUCAUAUUCCUUCAAGCUCACCCACCAAAUCUCCAUGCAAUAAUAGAUCUGUUAACAAUGUAGUUCGAUCUAAGAGUUCUCAUCGUUCUGAAUUCCGAACUCAACCGUCAUCUGCAGUGCCGUCAUUCUACUCCCGUUGGAUCAAGGAACCAUCCAAUCCGGACCGGUUUCCUGGUGCUUCAAUUAACAAUAUUAGCAACAGAAAACAUUCCCAUUGGUAG